GUUUUCCUCAGAAGAGAAUUCCACAAGAGAAAAGAGAAAUGAGAGGAAUCUGGCUUAAAUUGCAGUACAAGGAAUUUAGAUUAGACAUAAAGAGUUUCCAGGAAAAGAAAGUACCAGAUACUGAAGUGAUUUGUUAAGUCAGCAAAUGAAGAAAAUAUGGUAUUUUGAAGUAUGAUUAAACUCCUGAUGCUGCAGCAGAAGCUAAGAAUAUUAAUGGCCAGAUCUAGUGCUCACAUGGUCUUCUGAAGAAGCCAUGGGUAGCUGUUGUAGCUGUCCAGAUAAAGACACUGUCCCAGACAACCAUCGGAACAAGUUUAAGGUCAUUAAUGUCGAUGAUGAUGGGAAUGAGUUAGGUUCUGGCAUAAUGGAACUUACAGACACAGAACUGAUUUUAUAUACCCGCAAACGUGACUCUGUAAAAUGGCACUACCUCUGCCUGCGACGCUAUGGCUAUGACUCAAAUCUCUUUUCUUUUGAAAGUGGUCGAAGGUGUCAAACUGGACAAGGUAUCUUUGCCUUUAAGUGUGCCCGUGCAGAAGAAUUAUUUAACAUGUUACAAGAGAUUAUGCAAAAUAAUAGUAUAAAUGUGGUGGAAGAGCCAGUUGUAGAAAGGAAUAAUCAUCAGACAGAAUUGGAAGUCCCUAGAACACCUAGAACACCUACAACUCCAGGGUUUGCUGCUCAGAACUUACCGAAUGGAUAUCCCCGAUAUCCCUCAUUUGGAGAUGCUUCAUCCCAUCCUUCCAGCAGACAUCCUUCCGUGGGAAGUGCUCGCCUGCCUUCAGUAGGUGAAGAAUCUACACAUCCUUUGCUUGUGGCUGAGGAACAAGUACAUACGUAUGUCAACACUACAGGUGUGCAAGAAGAGCGGAAAAACCGCACAAGUGUGCAUGUCCCAUUGGAAGCAAGGGUUUCUAAUGCUGAAAGCAACACACCAAAAGAAGAACCAAGUAGUAUUGAGGACAGAGACCCUCAGAUUCUUCUUGAACCUGAAGGAGUCAAAUUUGUUUUAGGACCAACUCCUGUUCAAAAGCAAUUAAUGGAAAAAGAGAAACUGGAGCAACUUGGAAGAGAAAUUAGUGGAAUUGUUGCAAAUAACACAGAAUGGGACACUGGCUAUGAUAGUGAUGAACGAAGAGAUGCACCCUGUGUUAACAAACUGGUGUAUGAAAAUAUAAAUGGGCUAUCUAUUCCUAGUGCCUCAGGGGUCAGGAGAGGUCGUCUCACAUCCACCAGUACCUCAGAUACCCAGAAUAUCAACAAUUCAGCUCAGAGAAGAACUGCAUUAUUAAACUAUGAAAAUUUACCAUCUUUGCCUCCUGUUUGGGAAGCUCGCAAACUAAGUAGGGAUGAAGAUGACAAUUUAGGACCAAAGACCCCAUCUCUAAAUGGCUACCAUAAUAAUCUAGAUCCAAUGCACAACUAUGUAAAUACAGAGAAUGUAACAGUGCCGGCAAGUGCUCACAAAAUAGAAUAUUCAAGGCGUCGGGACUGUACACCGACAGUCUUCAACUUUGAUAUCAGACGCCCAAGUUUAGAACACAGGCAGCUCAAUUACAUACAGGUUGACUUGGAAGGUGGCAGUGACUCUGACAACCCUCAGACUCCAAAAACGCCUACCACUCCCCUUCCGCAAACCCCUACCAGGCGCACAGAGCUGUAUGCUGUGAUAGACAUUGAGAGAACUGCUGCUAUGUCAAAUUUGCAGAAAGCACUGCCACGAGAUGAUGGUACAUCUAGGAAAACUAGACAUAAUAGUACUGAUCUGCCCAUGUGAGCCUGGAAAGCAUUAUGUUGUUUGCACCUUUGUGAAGUUUUUAAAAAUGAAGAUGCAAGUGCUUCAUUUUCAUUUCUAAACACUAACUCCUUUUAUAGACUGGUAAAAAAAAAUUUUUUCUGAAUAUUUCAUGUGCAUCUUUAACUAAAGGGAAUUAAUGUAGAGCAGAUACUCCUUAAAGAACACUAAUUUCAUUAUAUACUACUCAUUAUUGUACAGCAGCAUUCCCAUUUUCACAGUGCCUAUUUAAAAUGAGAGUUGAAGUGAAUGACAUGCUGGUUGAUUUUUAUCAAUAUUCUGGACUUACGCAUAUCUUUCAUGUCUAAGUCAUGGUUGGCAUUUAAAAGUUUUUAUAAAACCUCUCUUGAUGAUGUGCAUUGCUAGCAGAUAACUCUAGGCUUUGAAAGUAAUAUUUGUAGAUUCACUGUUCAUGGUAUGUGGCCUCCAGCAUGUAACAUGAGGAAUCCUUUAUUUCAUUAAUUAAAGGCGUUUUGACUUGAGCCAAAGUAUAUGUAAAGGAAACAGAAGUACCACACCUCUUUUUAUACCAGUCAGCUCCUUUGUCGUCUUUGUUACUAGAAAGAGCCCUGUAUCCAUGAAUAUGGUUUGCUGUUGGUGUGCCGAAAGACAGGAAGGAGAUAAGAUUUUCUGUUUACUCAUCUCAUGAUGUCAUUUGAAGGCCAUGUCCAGAUAUCUUACUAAGAAUUAUAAUAGGCUCAAGUAUCAGUCUCAGGUCACUUUACCCAAAAACAUUUGAAAAUCUGAAUCAUUGUCUCUUGAAAGUUUCUCUCCUAUAGAUACUGACAACAAAUUGUUUUCUGGAGGCAUUUGUGUCUUUAGGUUUUCAUUUACCUUCAGUUUUUUCCUUUGGUGUUUGGGAUGUCUUAUUUUGUUGCUUAAUGUCUUUUUCAAUUUAAAAUGUUUUAGUUUGUAUAUAGUUUUGAAGUUGGAUUAUGUGUUCAUUGUUGUUUAGUUUGCAUUUUUGUCAAAUUAUGGUUUUGAAGGUUCAUUUGGAACUUACUGUUAUUCUAUAACAGGGUUGCCCUUGUCCAGUAUUUAUUUAUAUGCUGUUUACUUUUCAAGUUGAUAAAAAUAUUCUCUCAAAUUUUAAAUUUCACUGUGUCCAUAGGUGAUCGCUUUAGCAGCUGAGAAAAAAAAGGAAGAUACUUUUAACAUGCAGGUUCCUAAAGGUACUGUGUUUUCUCUGUGGGCACUCCCCCCAGCACUUUAGCAGUGAUUCCCUCAGCUACACGGCUGCAGUUGUACUCUGCCGACUCUCGUGUUCCUAGAGUCAGCUCUGCUGAACUUUCACUUGUAGCUGGAUCUUUGAUUAUUCAUGUUAAUGUUGUUGCCAGCAUAGCAGGUACAGUGCAAAUCUUGUAGCAAUGAGAUUGUGUCAUAAUUUAGGAUUUAAAAUGAAUUGAAGUUUAUAUAAACUGAUGAGAGUCCAUAUGGCAAUCUCUUGGAAAAUCAAGAAUGUUACAAUUCCUCAAACACUAGAGAAUAUGAGAGGGUAGAGUGGAAAGAAGGUUAGGUAACCUUGCAAAA